UUUUUUUUUUUUCUUAUUAACUCGCUUCAUUUAAAAAGAUGGCCCUUAACAGAAAAUUGACUUUAUAUACCGGUGCUGAAGUUCCUCAGAUCGGCCUUGGUACCUGGCUUUCUAAGCCUAAUGAAGUAAGAGAUGCAGUAAAAUAUGCUCUUGAAAUUGGUUAUCGUCAUUUGGAUUGUGCAUAUUGUUACUGUAAUGAGGACGAAGUGGGUCAAGGCAUUCGUGAAUCAGGCGUACCCCGUGAAGAGAUCUUUAUUACAUCCAAGUUGUGGAACACACACCAUCGUAAAGAAUAUGUGAAGGCCAACGUACGCGCAAGCCUUAAAGCUUUAGGCGUUGAUUACCUUGAUCUUUAUUUGGUUCAUUGGCCAGUUUCAUUUGUUAACCCUGGUGCUCCAGAAGCUACGCCAGCUGUCCCUAAUAUGGAUUACAUAAUUCCCAAAAAGGAUGGUAAAGUCCCAAUAGAUCAUGUAGAUGAUGAGGAAACAUGGAGAGCUAUGGAAGAACUUGUAGAAGAAGGCCUUGUUAAGGCAAUUGGCCUUUCAAACUAUAAUAUCGAAAAGACCAAAAAGAUACUGAGCUUUUGUAAGAUAAAGCCAGCAAUGAACCAAAUCGAGCUUCAUCCUGCUCUUCAACAGCCCGAAUUGGUCAAGUUCUGCCAAGAUAACGGUAUUGCCGUUACAGCUUAUUCUCCUCUUGGAAACAAUGUCUAUGGUGAAAAGCGCAUUGUGGACGAUCCCAUUAUUGUGUCUGUUGCCAAAAAAUUAAACAAGUCUCCAGCUCAGGUCUGUAUCUCUUUUGCUGCGCAAAGGGGUGUUAUUGUCAUCCCCAAGAGCGUCACACCUAGUCGAAUUAAAGAAAACUUUCAAGACUUCGUUCUACCUCAGGAGGACUUUGAUGCAAUUGCUUCCUUGGGUUCUCGAAACAUUCGUUAUAAUGAUCCUGGUAUCAGAGACUGGCAUGUUGAUAUUUUUUAAUGUUGUAUGCAAAGGACCAAGAAAGAUUCAUAAUAAUAAAAUGGAAAAUAGUAUAUCAUUGAAAGGAGUUUAAUAGAUCAGUCCAUACAUUGUUGUAAUUAUACAAGGGUAUGUGCAACUCCUUUGGCAACUAAUUUAAGGGUUUGCCAACUACAAAGUGGAAUAUCUUCCAGGGCGAUUCACAGAGCCUCAUUGCAAGAACGUUUUACCGUUAGCUUAAAGUUCUAAUUUAUCUGCAAAUUUAAAGCUAAAUUAGACUGCUUUGCUUAUAUAUAGUGUUAUCAUCAGCUGCAUAUUAAUAGAUGCUUUAAGGCAGACAUGAAAGCAUACAAUCCUUUUUUUUUUCCUAUAAAACGAGUGAAU